AUGGACGACACUGGGGGCCCCACGCUCUGCUUCCCCGACCUCAACUCCUCCUGCAGACGUCUGCCUCGGCCCCGCUCUGACGCCGCUCCGCUCUACACCCUGCUGGCCUUUGUCUCUCUGCUCACUGUGACGCUCAACCUGCUGGUCAUCAUCUCCAUCUCACACUUCAGGCAGCUCCACACCCCGACCAACACCCUGCUCCUGUCUCUGGCUGUGUCCGACCUGGUGGUCGGGCUGCUGGUCAUGCCCAUCGAAGGCCUGCGCUACAUGGAGACCUGCUGGCUGCUGGGGAGGCUGAUGUGCGCUCUGACUCCAUAUGUUUCUUACUGUCUGCUCUCUGCCUCUUUGGGCAACAUGGUGCUUAUUUCCAUUGACCGUUAUCUGGCCAUCUGUGACCCACUGCUCUACUCUUCUAAAAUCACCCUAACAAAUGUUAUAAUCUUUAUCUGUCUCUGUUGGGCCUGUUCUCUUCUCUACAAUGGGCUGAUUCUGAUGGAACAUUUAAGGUGGCCAGACAGGUUCAGUUCCUGCCACGGGGAGUGUGUGGUGGUCAUCAGCCACAUCUCAGGAAUCGUUGACCUCUUCAUCACCUUUGUUGGGCCCUGUACUGUCAUGGUUGUUCUGUAUUUGAGGGUGUUUGUGGUUGUGAUUUCCCAGGUGCGUGUCAUACGUCUGCAGACAGUAACCACCGCUGUCACUGCAGCUCCGACUGCUAAGAAAUCAGAGAGGAAGGCAGCCAGGACUCUUGGGAUUGUGAUAGCUGUGUUUCUGAUGUGUUUCUGUCCGUAUUAUUAUCCCUCACUUGCAGGCGAGGACACUUCAAACAACUUGUCAUACUUUGCUGUCCUGUCUUGGAUCAUGUUAAUGAACUCCUGUAUGAAUCCUCUGAUUUACGCGCUCUUCUACCGUUGGUUUAGAAAAGCUCUCAAACUCAUCUUCACACUUGAAAUCCUGAAGCCUCACUCCCGGGAGGUCAAGAUCCUGUAG